AUGGCGACUGAUCACAAGUCAAUUCUUGUUCCCCCAAAGCGGGCCAAUACAGACUACCCGCUAAUUGACUCCGACCCGCACUUGAGACGAGUUUUCGGAUAUGCACGACCCUCUGACUACGCAGUGGGCGGCGGAAUGGCCGCUGCGUCUCCUCUUGCGUUCUGGGUUAUGGAAAGAGUGAGCCCUUCUCACGUCGGCAGGGGAGGGUUCGCUCCUGUGAUGCGCCUAGCAACAGCCAUUGGCCUUAUUGGAGGUCUCCACGUGGUCUAUCAGAGAUCCUGCAACCGCUUCUAUGGCUUCACGGAGAAUUCGAGGGAAGCUGAUAUGGAUAUGAAGGAGAUGGUGGACAAAGUCAAGAAAGGGGAAUCCCUAUAUGGCACAUCUAAAGUCUCUUCAUACCUGCAAGGCGUUGCUGCUCGAAACUCUAGAUACUCUGAGCUAUUCAUCCAUGUUCUUCCAUGGUUCAACCUUGUCAACCAUGACCAGCAUGGCGUCGACACGGCCAAGUACUAUCAGCAGGCCGAGCGGGAGCUGGAAGCCGAGCGGUUGAAGCAAGCUAGCUCCUAA